UCAUCAAUAUCACUGACAACUAACGUGCAACGUUAGUCACUUGCUACUGACGAAAUUCUUGGUCAAAUGGUGACUGACGGAGUACGAUGCAACACGAUACCUGUUGCCGAGCUCCGUCAAUACGCUUUGACCGAUCAAGUAGGCUGUAAAAAUGUCCGUAACGAAUUGUUGAUUGUCGUAGAUUGUAUUUAAUUUUCAACGAGCAAAGUUACGAUUUCCGUUCCGGUUGUUGAGUUUGAUUUUUGUUUAAAGAAUUAUUAUGCCGAUCGGUGUGAACAGUAGUGUGGGGUGUUCCUCUAUGCAGAGAAAGCGAGCUCACGGCAGGAAAAGUUUUGCCGAAAUUGCCAAAGAGUGUUGCAAAAUCGAAGGCAUUAAAUAUUAUUGUGCUAUUGAUCCUGACAGUGGUUGUACUUAUAUACAGGAGAAUUUCGAUUCAGGAAAUUUGGUACGACACUUCCGGAACAAACAUAAAACGGCAGCGGAAAUUAAAGGGCUCUUUCCCGAUGGAAAUCAAGAAAAAAGGUCACGAGUAAUCACUAAGCGCCUUGUUUCCGUCGACAAGCGAACGUAUGUCGAAGGAACCAUAAAGCUUGUCACGCAACACAACCUGCCUUUGAACUGCUUUCAAUGGGAGGGUCUGAAAAUGUUGCUUGAUCCUAUAGCAGAUGCUGUGAACAUAAAAGUAUCCAGAUCAAACAUCAAGGUUUGGAUUUCUGCAGCAGCUAACAAACUAAAAUCAAUAAUGGCAGUCGAAAUGAAACACAAGCUGGUAUCUAUCAAAUUGGAUUCUGCAUCACGGCAUGGUCGUCACGUUCUCGGAAUCAACGCACAGUACGAACUCAACGGAAAAUUGGUGAUUCGAACCUUGGGAAUGAUUGAAGUAGACCAGAGACAAACUGCUGUGUUUUUGCGUGAUAAAGUAUUGGAAACAUUGCGUGUCUAUGAUUUGAAGUUGGAUCAAAUCUUUAGCAUUACGGUGGACAACGGCAGCAACAUGGUUGCUACCGUAAAAAAAAUAAAUCUUCGCUGAAUGAGUCCAUUGCAGUAUCGACUUUAUUGUUCGAAGAUGAUGAGAACAUACCACAGGAAAGAGACCUCAUUGAAGAGCUUGAGCUAGAGUGGGAUGCACGGAUAUCCCUUGUUCGGUGCGCGGUUCAUUCCCUCCAACUUGCGAUUGCGGAUGUUUUUGAUAAAGCUGAUCCGAAUCUUAAAUGCAUCACGGAAGUAGUACGUCAUCUACGUCAAAUUAAAUAUAAAUCAUUCGUCGAGGUUCAACAAC